GCUGGAAACACUCUCGAUUAUUUAGUUGAUCUGGAUCGCUGAGUGUUGGUGAUUCUUGAAUUCAAGGUUAAAUUCUCUCUAAUUUUUCUUUUGUGAUUUAUUUGUAUUAGUUCGUUCUAUUUGAUUUUAGAUAGAGUUUUGGAUUGCUUUCACGGAUUUUUUUUUUCUUCGAAUACUACAAUAAUACUUGUUUUUGCGUAUUCGGAAGUAAAAAUGAGAGAAUUAAAAAAAAAAAAAAAAAAAAACAGAGCAUGGAAGAAAAGUUGGUUUAGAGAAGGAUUUGGGAACCCAGGAAGUAGAGUUUCUUCUUCAAGUGAAGAAAAUCGUUGAUGAUUAGAACACUUUGUAGCUGUUUUAUUGGGAGAGACUGAAACACUCUGCAAGUACCAUCUCAAUUCAUCAUUGAUCGUCCCUUUGAAAUUCGAAAGGGAACAAGAAUUUUUUUAGUACUUUUCUCUAGAACGCAUUUCAAGAAUUUUCCUAUAGAAUAAGGGUAUUUUUGUCAUUAGAUUCAUGUUGAAGUGAUUUAAUACUGCUCUGCGAUUCGUUGCUGUGAUUUCCUGACUGGGACUCAUGAGUUGCCCAAAAGUCAUUAAUACCCCUAUGCUUGUCCUAAUUUCCCAGAUGAUCAGGCGCAAGCUUAGGGUUUGGGACUUCCGAUCUUCGAAUUCUGUAAACUUCUGUUUUUGAGUUGCCUCUGAUCUUCCCUAUCCUGAUCAGAGAAAAGGUUUUGGCUGAACGUUUCAUGGAUAUAUCGUAGCAUUCAAUCGGAAUAAUAAGAAAAUCUCUUUUGAGCUUCUUGAUCUUGUUAUGGAGGAUGCUGAAGCUGAUGCUGAACACCUAUUUUAUAAAAUCUCUUUUGGGAUUUUCAUUGUGUUGACGAAAGUUUGCAGUAGUUCCAUCCUUGAUCGUCUCUUCUUGAGCUUCUUGAUCUUUGUUACGGAGGAUGCUGAUGCUGAAGACAUUUUUAUGGACAUGCUGUAACUUCUGUGCUUAUUUUGGCUGCUACUGUUCUUGACCUACACCAAAUCUUAAUCUUUAGAAAAUAAAAAAGUGGAAGGAUAUGAAACAAAAUGGAUAUAUUCAUAAGCUAUAUUGGCCAGUUAACUUUUUUAGCUUUUUGAAAACUUUUGAUUCUUCAGUUUAUUCCCUGGGUGUUUUUCUGAAGUAGGCAUAUUGAUCUACUCACUAAUUAUUUAUUUGCAUGAUUGGAAGAAAGCCUCUAUAUUACUUAAGUAGGCAAGCUGACUACUCUUACCUUUUACCUGUUGGGGGAGAACACCUCUGCUCUCUAUUAUUUGCAGUCAAGAAAAAGGAUAGGAGGGAUCAUUUUUAUUUUUUAUUUAUUUAUUUCCGUUUUCUUUAUUUCAAGAAAAGGGUCAGUUGCAGGAGCAGCUGAUGGUUUGCUAUUGUUUCAUGUUAUUUUAGGUGUUAGUUAAUGAGGGAUCAUUUUUAUUCUCUUUUGAUGCUUUAGUUACAUUUGGUAAUUUUAAACCAGGAGAAGAUAUUUAUGUAUUUGCAUGAUCCAGUGUUUGCAGCUUACUAAGCUAAACUUUGAACAAAUACUAUACAAUUGUGUGCAAUUCUGGUAUCGUCUUGGGCAACACAUAUUUAGAUAUCCAAAUUUUGACUAGAAUCCUUCACAUACAGCUCUGGAAUACUGUACUGUCAAAUUAUCACUAUGGUUACCAAAGCUCUUUGCAUAUUUGAAGCAUUUUCUGAUGUUUGUUAUUUAUAUCAUCAUUACCAUAAUGGCCAUCUUAGUUUUGUCCUAGGAAUUUCCUAUCAAAAUUUGUAUCGAAUAUGUUUGUUCUUUGUUGUCUGUUUUUGGGGUAAAUUGUUCUUUAUCAUCCUUAUGGCCUUAUUGUGUGUGUUGUGCGUAUGUACAUGAAUCUUGACAUGUUAACUUAACAGAUCAGUAGACUGAAUAUUCAAUACCAGGAGCAGAUAGCUUCCUGAGAUAACGGGAUUUUUCACCUCUCAAGCAAUCAGUGGAUUUUUUUGUGCCUUAAAAUUCAACCAUGGGAAACAAUGAAGCUGGAACACCUUCUAAGUCUGAAAAAGCAUCUUCACCUGCACAGGAGCAGACUAUUAUUCAUGCUUAUCCUGAAUGGCCGAGUGUCCAGGCAUAUUAUGGGCCUGGAGUCACCCUACCUCCACCAUAUUUUAACUCUGCCGUUGCAACUGGUCAUGCUCCUCCCCCAUACAUGUGGGGACCUCCUCAGGCUCUAAUGCCGCCUUAUGGAGCGCCUUAUGCAAUCUACUCACAUGGAGGUGUCUAUGGGCAUCCUGCAGUUCCAUAUGGAUCACAUGGGCAGGGGAUUCCACCAUCACCUGUCGUUGCAACUCCUUUGAGUGUAGAACCACCUGCUAAGUCUUCAACCAGGAAAGACCGAAGCUUAAUGAAGAAAUUGAAAGGAUUUGAUGGGCUUGCAGUCUCAAUAGGGAAUGCCACUGAUAAGAAUGCUACUGGAGGUUCAAUCCACUGGAUGUCACAAAGUGGGGAAUAUGGUACAGAAGGUUCCAGUGAUGGAAGUGAUGGGAAUACAGGAGGGGACAAAUCGAAUAGGAAAAGAAAUUGUGAGGGCACACCAUCCACAGGCAAGGAUGGGAAAUUUGAUCCUGCUCCAGUUGGAGAGGCAAAUGUCACUCCUGGUAGCACUAUGGGGGCUGCCAUGGCUCCUGUUAGUGUUCCAGGAAAAUCUGUUGGAACUGCUCCUUUGACUGCCAUGAUUUCAGGGUUGGAACUUAGUACCUCCCCCAUUGGGAAUGUGAAAACCAACUCUGGUACUGUUCCUCCUUCACCAGGUGUGGUGGUACCUGCUCGUGAUGGUUUACCAUCUGAACCGUGGAUUCAGGAUGAACGGGAGCUGAAACGGGAGAGAAGGAAGCAGUCCAAUAGAGAAUCUGCUAGGAGGUCAAGGCUGAGAAAGCAGGCUGAGACUGAAGAGCUAGCCGUGAGAGUUGAAAACCUGAGCGCAGAGAAUAUUGCCCUCAGGUCAGAAAUAAACCAACUAAUAGAGAAUUCGCAGAAGCUGAGGCUUGAGAAUGCUGCGUUAAUGGAGAAAUUAAAAGAUGCCCAUCUGCGAGUGGAAGGAGAUAUGGCUCCCAGCAAUAUCGAGUUUGAAACGACCCCACCAGACAGUACUGAGAACUUAUUAUCUAGAGUAAACAAUUUGGGCUCUGUUAAAAGUGAGCAUAGGGACAGUGAACCCCAUGAGAACUCCAAUUCCAGGACCAAGUUUUAUCAACUCCUAGAAUCAAAUCCCAGAGCUGAUGCUGUGGCUGCUGGCUGAUCCUAUGUUUGUCUGAAUGAUGGAAGAAAACAACUAGCCUUCUUUCUGCCUUCUUUUUAUGUUUGAAGUCCACUUAGUUCUGUAAUUUUGAUGAUAAUUCAAACCCAUAAACACCCCUAACAGUAGCUUGAAGACAGCAGCUAACAGGCAUUUAAUUAUGCUUCACGGUGAAAGCACACCUGGUUCCGAAGGACGUAGUGGAGGAUCAAGCCGUCCAUGGCUAAGAAACUUUUAAACUCAGUCUUGGCAAAAGGAAUAACUAACUUGUGGCCCUAUUAGAUUCCUCGCGAUACUCUGGGGAUGUCCCCAUUGGUAAUGUACAUUGAAGAGGUUUUAGAUUCUUACCAAAACAAGAAAAUUAGAAGAGGCUUUAGAUUGAUUUAUGAAGCAUGUAUCCUAGUCGUGUUAUGUAUAUGUAUAUGUUCCUCUCUUUGCUUGGAAAAUGUAAUGCAGCAGAACAAGAUUGUCUGAACAUAUCUAUAGACGGUUGCCUUUACAUUCUUA